GUUUCCUUACCUUUGACGGCUGCUCACUUAUCCGCAUCGAUGUUGACAGCCACGCCGCACGAACCUGUACGCGAAGUUUCUAAUAAAUGAUAUAUUAUACCAUUCCGUCGAGAGGCGGAGAGGGAAGGACGUCUUACUGGAGGGGUUGGGCAGCAAGUGGGCAUGAGGAGGUCCAGGAGAUGGCUUCAUCGAGGUCAAUCAUGUUACUCCCACAUCAACGCUUCCUCGCGAUACCUGAAGCACCUUUACAACUGCAUUUCAGCAUCAGCAAGUUCUUCUCAUGAGGGCUCAGGACAAGGCUUGUGGACACGGCUGGCGUUGUCGAGCAGGCACACGCAUCGGCGGGAGUUUUAGACUCACGCGGGAACAUUGGGGACUCACCCUUCCCAUCAGAUCACCUCCCUCCACUGCCCUCGAAUCCCUUAGAGUGACUACACAGCUCGACAACUUGCCUCAUCGCUGGACUCGCCACAGAAUAGCGCAAGUAAUACACAAGCGACCGUCGCAGCGAACGAGCCUCCAACCGCUUCCCUCGAUUCGAUCCAAGGAAUCUACCACCUCAAGACUACACAUACAACUGAUCCCCCAUCCCUCUAACAUCCAAAUAGAAAACAGUACAUCCGAAAACGUCGCUGAUUCUUCCAGAUCUACGGAACCCGCCGCAAGGCGCCGAGCCUUAAGCCGACGUACCGUCAUAGAACCCACCGUCAAACCAUACUUCUCAUCUUUUACAAUUUCGGCACCAGCUUGUCCAUCACCACCUGAUAACAUUUCCAACAUGCCCGCGUUAGACAUACUGGAAAGAUGCCAGUCCUACACGCUAGGCCGCUGUACAGAAGUCGAAGAACGACCUUUCAACGGACGAAGGCACAACCAGAUUCGCCGUCUGGAAACCUCGUAUGCGGGAUAGAAUCAACGAUAUAGUCUUUUACAUCGCUUUGCAUAUCCUUUCGUGCAGGCGCGCCCAUCUAAGUUGUUCUCUGAGAUGGGUGGACACGAU